GAUCUCAAUUCCAUCCUCGCAGCGCAGCUUUCUUUUCAACGUGCUUUUCUUUCGAUGAGUUAGGCUUCACUUCCUACAUUCAUGCGCCGUUUGACUCUACAGGGAGCUCGGUGGCAUCAACAUGGAUUUUACACCCGUUGCAUCAACCAAGCCUCCCCUGCGAUCUCAGCGGUCCGCCGUUCAUUCUCCUUCACGCCUCGACUGGAGAAGGGAGGCAGAAAACAGGAGGUAACCAUCCGACAUUUUGAACAGUCGACUCCCGCCAGCAAAGAUCGGACGGAAGUAGAUUUCGACUCGGAAAAUCAAGCGGAGCAAGAAUUGCUGAAAGCGAAGAUCGCCGAACUUGAGCGGGAGCUUGCGGAGCUAAGAGAAGGCCCCUUUGGACCGAAUAGUCCUUUUAUGAAAGAGCUCUCUGAGGAGGACAGACAAAAGGCAUUAGAGGCACUUCGCAAGUAUAAGGCGGAACAUAAAGAGGAGGAUGUCGAAAGCGAAGAAGAGGAACGACUCGAUGCCGAGUUUGACAAAGCUAUGGAGCGGCAAUUUCAGGGCUUGAUUAAUGAAGAGAAAAGGCUAUGGGAUCCGACAAAGGGCCCCGAGGAACCUUCUCCAACCCCAAGAGAGUCAUUCGAAGUUGAAAUUACAGUUCCUGAUACCCAGCAAGCCGCUGUUGCUCGAUUCAACAAAACUUUGAAGGUCCUCCGCAAUAAUCCAACCUUUGCCCAGAGACAAGACGCGUGGAGGUCAUACAGACGUUGUAAAGAAGGGCUACCUUUUUUCCUUGAUAUUAUUCCGGAGGAGGGUUUGGAGUUGCUUUGGCAAUCCCAGGUACCAUCGUCCCCUGUUGAACAUUCUCGUCUGCUUCACUGGGAGAAGCUAGCCGAAGACAUUCUCGCAAGCGGCAGGGAUUUAACGACAACCCAGUGGCUAAAAUAUCUUGAGCUUUUAUGGCAUAGUGGGAAAUCUGAGAAAGCGAUUCCCCACUGGGAAGGGCGUGCACAAGAUCUAAAACAUUACAGCCCAGAAGAGGUUGACAGCUACCUAAAAUUGGGAGUACAGCUCCAUGUCGCGGUACAUCAGCCCCAGACGGCCCAAGAUAUCGCAAUGGCCUUCCUUUCCGCAAAUGCAUCCCGUGAUCCCCGUAUACUGAUACCUGUUAUUGCUUCGUGGGCGGAGCAGGCCACCCCAAAAGCUAAAGAGCUGGCUUGGACUCUAUACCUUCAGGUCAAGACUAUGCUGGGACCCAAUAUAAAUAUGCAAGAUUACGACUCCAUUAGCACCGGUCUGUUGAAUGCCGGCCAGACGGAGUUGGCCCUUGCGGUUUUUAAGGACAUGAUGCUUACAGGACAACAGUCACCCUCGGAUUCUGUAGCUCUCUUUAAGACGAGUCUUGGCCUCUAUGACAAUCUUCAUUCCUCUAGCAUCAAUGCGGCCGAUGUCAACAAAGCUUCGCUUGCGGCUCUGACUAUACUGCCGCGCAAAUUUCACAACAAAUUUUUCUUUGCCAGUUGGAUGAAAAAGCUGAUAGGAAUGGGCGAAGUUGAUGCUGCCGCCUCUGUAGUGGAGUUGAUGUAUGAGCGAGGUAUUAAGCCGGAUGCGAAGCACUUGAAUGGCAUAAUAGGGGGGUGGCUCCGUGAAGGAAGCCCAACUGCGAAGGAAAAGGCAGAAAGACUUGCAUGGGCAAUGGUUCAAGAGCGCAUCGAGCGAGUGUGGCACGAUAUGCCAGAGAAGCCAUCUGUUUACGACACGUCAAAUGAUGUGGUUAUUCCAAGACACAUGCAACGAACAGUUCCCGCUGCAAGCAUAGAAACUUUUUCUAUCUUGCUGCUAUACUAUACUCGGCGGGAUCAAGAAAAUAUGGCGAACUACCUGAUUGACUGCCUCGACACUGCGCAAAUCAAACCGAAUGCCUUCUUCAUGAACCAUCUUCUGUAUAUGGAGCUUCGAAAGCAAAAUAUUCUCGGUGUAUGGACAAAAUACAAAGAUAUGACGGCUAUCAUUAAGCCUGACUUGGAAACAUUUGCUUGUCUCUACGAUUGCGGAAAGAUUCAGUACGAUCGCACCCGUUAUCUUUUCGACGCGAAAUUCCCACCUAUCCGCUCUCUAUACAAGGAAACUAUGCAAUGGUUCAGGAGCCUCACUCCACACCAGCAAAAGACCACAAAAGAGGAGUUCUCGAAAGCGCUAUAUGAUCAGAUUACGCGAUGCUUCUGUUUAUCCCUUGACCCGCAAGGGGCCCUGGUGGCUAUUCGAUCCAUGAAACAAAUUUUUGGCUUCUUCCCGGACGUCGAUACAACCCGCAUCCUUACGUUCCUUCUCGUGCGCCUGGCACCUACUCCUCCGGGCAUUCCUAAACCCCGCCGCAGGCGUAUUGCAUCAACACCUCGUUCGAAGGAGAACUUCGAGAAUAUUUCGAAUCUUUUAGCUGCAAUGAAAGAUUGGAAGGUGGCGCAGCUAUCUCGACAGGGAAUCAACCCCGAUGAGUUAGACGAGGAAGAGCAGAAGGCGUUCCAAGUUGACUUGAUGUGCGAUCUGUUACGCCUGGUCAUGCGUCGAAUACAGGGAGACUCUGGAAAGGUGGAAAAGAGUAUUCGUGCAGCAGCAGAUGAGAUGGCGGUGGGGGAGCUCGAUCUAGGUGUGGAUCCGGACCUAGAGCUGUGA